AUGCCUCAAGAUCCUGCCGCCGCCCUGAGCGCCUUGUUGCGCCAGUCCUCCAUCGAAGAUCACGAGGAGGUCCUCAGGGCCGCCAACGCCGCAAUCAAGGCAAACAAAAACGAUCUCGAUAGCCAGCAUACUCGAAUCAUCGCACUACUAAAGCUUGAUCGCUUCGACGACGCUCUGCGCGCCAUCUUGGACGCUCCCCCUACUCUUUCGUCAAGCACUGCACUCGAACAUGCGUAUGCGCUUUAUAAAACGGGAAAGCUCGAUGAGGCCACUGCAGUCCUACGGUCUGUAGGUUUAGAAAAGAACAGGGCCUUGCAGCAUGCUGCCGCACAGGUUGCGUAUCGUGCCGAGCGCUUUGACGAGGCCUGCAACAUCUACAGCCGACUCCUUGAUACCGACCCCGCCGAUGAGGAGAACGACAUUAGCAUCAACCUUAGAGCCGCUUUUGCCCAGUCUAGCUGGCUAGGAUACUCGGUUACUGACAAGGUCGUGGUUCAGGACUCUGAUGGAUUUGAAUUGUGCUACAACGCUGCUUGCGCGCACAUUGCCAACGGAUCCCUCGAAACUGCUGCCGACUUGUUGCAGCGGGCUAGCAGACUGUGUGAUGCCUCCGAUGACCUUACCGAAGAGGACAAGCAAGCGGAGAUGCGACCUAUCCUGGCACAGCAGGCAUACGUCUUUGCCAAGCUGGGAAAACUUAAGGAGGCACUUGAUCUCUACAACUCAUUAAACAGCACAAAAGAGGAAGAUCCCGACCUGGCACUCAUUCUUGGUAACAACUUAGUAGCUUUGGAACCCAAGUCUGAGAACCCCUAUCUUGUUGAGCGAAGAUUUUCUACCCUGACAGAUAAGGAGAAGGACGCAAAGCUCUUCCAGCAUCAGUCUGAUAUCCUGCGACGGAACAGGCUUACCGUCGACCUGCAAGCUUUGAAAGGUGCUGGAGUCAAGCGCCGUACAGACGCUCUUCUUGCUCAGGCACAGCACCCGACGACCUCUACCGACAUCAGCAUUCUGUCUGUCCUCAACGCCGCCGCAAGCUCGCAAGGGACUACAGGGAACCAGCUUCUGAAAAGUCUUCAAGCACUGGCUCAGAAGAGACCACAUGACGUUGGCCUUGCCUUGACCAUCGUGCAAAUACAACUUAAUGGUGGACACAUCGGUUCAGCGUUGUCAAUCCUUGAGUCAUUCCUCCAGCGCCUUGAGAAGGCUGAAGCCCAGGGACCUCUGGACGCUCGUUUUAGUCCCGGUCUAGUCGCACUGACUGUGACUCUUCUACGGGUACAAGGACGAGAGUCAUCGGCAAAGGCAGAGCUUGUCAAGGCAGCGACAUACUGGCAAUCCCGACAGGCCAGCCCGGCCAGCUCCCUUCUAGAAGAGGCUGGCAUCGAGCUGAUGAAGUCAUCCAACGCCAAAGACUUGCACCUCGCGGGCAGGUCAUUUCAAAAGCUUUGCGACGAGCAAAAAGGCUCAGAUAUUGCCAAGGCUGGUCUCGUUGCAGCAUUUGCUACUUCCAACCCUUCUAGCAUCGAGCAACACCUACAGAACCUCCCUCCUGUCGAUUCGCUUGUCGAAGGUAUCGAUGUUGCGUCACUGCUCAGCGCAGGCGUAGCCGCCCCUGCCAGCAAGGUCGGAUCCUCGACUCUAAAGCGAUCAGCACCCUCGGGAACCGAUGACAAGACGCGUAAGAGACGUAGAAAGAUCCGUCUGCCCAAGAACUACGUCGAGGGUACCAGACCCGACCCCGAGCGCUGGUUGCCAUUGCGCGACCGAAGUUCGUACCGCCCCAAGGGCAAGAAGGGGAAGAAGAAGGCCGGAGAGUCUACGCAAGGUGGCAUGGUGAAGGAGGAAGAGACUCUGGACCUCGUAGGUGGAGGAGGUGUUAAGGUAGAGAAGGCACCCCCGCCAUCUAAGAAGAAGAAGAAGGGCAAGAAAUAG